AUGGCCUCAUGGACUCAUUCCAAGGAAAAAUUAAACAAUGUAACUGAAUUCAUUUUCUGGGGUCUUUCUCAGAACACAGAGGUUGAAGAAGUUUGCCUCGUGGUGUUUUCGUUCUUCUACACAGUCAUUCUUCUGGGAAACUUCCUUAUCAUGUUGACAAUUUGCCAUGGAAACCUGUAUAAGAUGCCUAUGUAUUUCUUUCUCAACUUCUUGUCUUUUGUGGACAUUUGUUACUCUUCAGUCACCUCACCCAAGAUGAUAGUGGAUCUGUUAGCAAAGAACAAAACUAUCUCCUAUUUGGGGUGCAUGUUGCAACUCUUUGGGGUGCAUUUCUUUGGCUGCACCGAGAUCUUCAUCCUCACCAUCAUGGCCUAUGAUCGCUACGUGGCCAUCUGCAAACCCCUACACUACAUGACCAUCAUGGAUAGGGACAGAUGCAAUAAACUGUUGCUGGGGACUUGGGUGGGUGGGUUCCUGCACUCCAUCAUCCAAGUGGCUCUCGUAGUACAGCUCCCCUUCUGUGGCCCCAACGAGAUUGAUCACUACUUUUGUGAUGUUCACCCUGUGCUGAAACUCGCCUGCACGGACACCUAUCUUGUUGGUGCUGUGGUGACAGCCAACAGUGGGACCAUCGCGCUGGGGAGUUUCGUCAUCUUGCUCAUCUCCUACACCACCAUCCUGCUGUCUCUGCGGAAGCAGUCGGCAGAAGGCAGGCGCAAAGCCCUCUCCACCUGUGGUGCCCACGUCGCGGUGGUCAUCAUCUUCUUCGGCCCCUGCACUUUUAUGUACAUGCGGCCUGACACAACCUUCUCUGAGGACAAGAUGGUGGCCGUGUUCUACACCAUCAUCACACCCAUGUUAAAUCCUCUGAUUUACACCUUGCGAAAUGCAGAAGUGAAGAACGUGAUGAGGAAACUGUGGAUCAGGAAGGUUUUCUAG